AUGAGAGCUUUAGCUUAUUUUGGUAAAGGUAAUGUAAGAUUCACUUACUCAUUAAAAGAACCCCAUAUUCAUGCCGAAGAUGAUGUAAUUAUUGACAUCUCUUGGUGUGGUAUUUGUGGGACAGAUUUAAAAGAAUAUACAGAUGGUGCAAUUUUCUUCCCAGAGGAUGGAUGCGUAAAUCAUAUUAGUAAUAAUAAUUUACCACAAGCCAUGGGUCACGAAAUAUCAGGAAUUAUCUCUAGCGUCGGUCCAGGUUGUAAAAAAUUCAAAAUAGGUGACCAUGUUGUCGUUGAACCAACAGCUACAUGUAUAGAUAGAUAUCGUUGGCCAAAUGCUCCAAAUAGAGAUACACCAAUGUGCGAAGCUUGUAGAAAUGGGAUGCCUAAUAUUUGCAAAUAUUUAGGUUUAACUGGCGCAGGUGUUGAAGGUGGUGGAUUCGCCGAAAAAAUGGUUAUCAAUGAACAUCACUGUCAUAAGAUUCCGCAUCACAUGCCUUUAGAUGUAGCUUCCUUAAUUCAACCAAUUUCAGUUUGCUGGCAUGCAGUUAAAGUUUCACAUUAUAAGCAAGGAGGUUCAGUGCUAAUUGUGGGCGGUGGUCCAAUUGGCUUAGGCACGAUAUUGGCAUUGAAGGGAUUCGGUUGUGAAGAUAUUGUGGUUUCUGAACCAGCUCUAAUUAGAAGAGAAUUAGCUGAGAAAAUGGGUGCGAGAGUAUUCGACCCUUCCAAUAUGUCUCUAGACAAUUCAAUCAAAACUUUGACUGAAAUGGCACCAGGCAGCCAAGGUUUCGAUUACACAUUCGAUUGUUCCGGUAUACCCGCUACUCUAAAGGUAGCAAUUGAAUGUUGCACAUUUAGAGGAACUGCAGUUAAUAUCGCAGUUUGGGGCCAUAAACCUGUUGAAUUUUUCCCUAUGGAUAUCACAUCACAAGAAAAAAGAUAUACAGGCUCUAUGUGUUAUACUAGUGAAGAUUUCGAAGAAGUCAUUGAAGCGUUCAAAAGUAAACGUAUUGACAUCAAUACUGCAAGACAUUUAAUCACAGGUAAAGUACCUAUUGAAGAAGGAAUUGAAGGUGCUAUGUUAAGAUUACUGCGUGAUAAAGGCCAUACAAUUAAGAUUCUUCUAACUCCGAAUAAUAAGAACGAAUUAGGCUACAAAUUGUAG